ACUGACAACAACGACAUCCACCAACUCUCCACGAAACUGCAACGUCCACGACCGCUACGAGAAGUGCUUCUCGUGAAAGAGAAGAGUCGGAUCUCCUUUCUUUUAUUCGUGUCAACUUAAAUAAAUUAAAUCAAAUUUACUAUGUCUUCCUCCAUCACCAUCCCCACCCGGUCGACGUACGGGGACAGUGGCAAGGCUGCUGCGAGCUCCAGCUCCUCUUCGUCCUAUUCCACCUCCCCGCGCACACCGCAGAGCCAAACAACGUCAUCUCCUGCUACUUACUCAAAUACUAAAUAUGGCCACGAUCGGAGGCCCAGUUUGCUCAGCUCCUCGCUGUCGAAGCAGGAACACACUGUCAUUAAUAUUGGUGACCCGGAUGGUGUUCCCCGCCUGAUUACUUGCGUGCGAUCGUCACAGGGCUUUGAUUGGAAUCCAGAAAUCUUCCUUCCCUCCUAUGUCGAAUGCGACUUUGAAUCCCUCGAGCGAAAGCGCGACCCGGUCCACGAGAUUCGGCUGAGUGACGAGGAGAUUAAGAAUAUGUUUCCACAAUAAUCGGGAGUUUGUCGGAUUGGUACGGGAUAGAAUGCCUUUGUCCCAGGCUUGGGAAUACGGAAUUUGCACAUGCUGCUUGGCGCCGGGACUUGAACAUAUGAUUCCCGUG